CCCGGGCCGGCCAGGAUUGUGUAAGUCGAAUGAUUUCUGGUUGAUAUCAUACAUCACUCUCCGGAUCGACUCUGCUGUAUUAUGCCCCGGUUGCUAUCACGCAUCACAUAUACACAGAUCGCUACUCUCACGGGCUGUGCCACCGUUGGCUUUUACGGGACAUCACAUCUCCACUACACAACUUGGCAACCGAAGAAGCACGCCGAGGCGAAUCUCUCAGCAGGCAAGAUGGCCGUCCAGAAUCAAGUCAAGACUCCUUUCCAAGUCAGUGCAGAGCACACAUUCCGUAUGCAUGCAACUCUGCGAUCUGACAAUGCACCGUGAGCCAGACGCUUUUUGCUGUCCACAUGACAUGCGAGAGCUGUGUCAAGUCCGUAUCCGACUCACUGCACGCUCUUGAUGGUGUCAACCGGGUCGAUGCGGACCUCGAGAAGCAGCAAGUCACAGUCGAGGGUACAGCUGCACCAUCCAGUAUCGUCAAGGCGAUCGAGGCGACGGGCCGCGAUGCGAUACUGCGAGGCUCCGGUACCACAAACGGUGCCGCCGUCUGCAUUCUCGAGACAUUUCACCAGAGGCAAGGCGAUGGCGGAGGCGAGUCCGAACUUCCACCUGGAGCCGUCCAAAUGAGCUCGUGGCUGGAUCCCAGGAAUGUCCGUGGCCUGGCUCGCAUGGUGUCUGUGUCACCCACGGCCACGAUUGUCGAUCUUACCAUCCACGGCGUGCAGCCUGGCAAAUACAAUGCAACAAUCAGGGAGUAUGGAAACUUGCAAUACGGGGCUUCAUCGACUGGCCCUGCGUGGGCUGGCGACAACAGCACGGGGCAGGCUCGAGGCUUUCUUGGGACUAUCGACGUUGGUAAGGACGGCAAGGGCUCCAUGUUUACCGAUCACCCGCUUCAGGUGUGGGAGAUCAUUGGCCACGCCAUGGUUGUCACUCAACAGGACGCCAACAAGACAGAGCUUGAUAACAACGAGAGCACUGUGCUGGGUGUCAUUGCGAGGAGUGCUGGGAUGUGGGAUAACGACAAGGCUGUGUGCUCUUGCACGGGCAAGACGUUGUGGGAGGAGCGGAAAGAUCAGGUGUCGAAGGGCAUGAUAUAAGGAACUUGUUGCUAGCCUCAAGCGUGAUGGAUGAUAUGGCGCAAGCACUGCAUUUUUCACGGCCUGGCCUUCCUUGCCCCGAAAUGUGCAAGUCUUUGGUUGAUCUGUGAUGGGAGUGGUCACACAGCGACUACUAUAUGCUAAUAGUUGAUUGUUCCGUUUUGCCGCUCAACAAGCAUGGCUUGCAGCUCGACUUCUGACGCAAUACGGGCUCGUGUGAGGAAGAGAUGGAAUCGACCUCUUCCCCAGUAAGUCUACACAUCUCAGAGGUGGAUGUGCUUUGGGUUGAGGGUGACUAGCAUGC